AUGGCUUCUCCUGCCAAUAACAACAAUUCCUCCUCUUCUCCUCCAAUCCCUAACAGACCAAACCCUAAACCCAGAAACUCCGAGACUUGUGAUCCUCUGCGUCGGAGUUUCGGAGCCAACCCUUUUCCGGCCAACUCAGAUAUUUCUCGGAGGAAUUCUUUUGGUGGUAGAGAUAAUAGUAGUCGUGUUGAGUUUAGUGACAAAGAGAACGAGACCAAAACUCCAAGAGGUUCCAAGAACUUCAUGUCACCAACAAUCUCAGCUGUUUCUAAAAUCAACGCAUCUCCAAGGAAGAAAGUCUUGUCUGACAAAAACGAAUGGUCUGUGUCUCGAUCUGAGGUUAAAGGUCUAGUCUUGGAAGACACCAACAAAAGCCAUCAACAAUCUCGGUCGUGUGUUUCGUUUUCAGAUGUCACAGACAUCAUUAUUGGUACCGGUGAAAAGAAGCGGUUUGAGGAAUCACAUGACAUGACUAUCACUGAUUUCGAUGAGGAUGAAGUUCUUGAGAACAAGGGGAUUGUGUAUUCUGAUCCAAGAUUCAGGAUCAGUCCUCGAACUUCUGUUCCAUACACAUCUCCUGAAUUUGCAGGUCGCGAAAUCGGUUCAUUGUUGCCUCCUUAUGAUCCGAAAAAGAAUUAUCUGUCGCCGAGGCCUCAGUUCCUUCAUUAUAAGCCGAAUCCAAGAAUUGAGCAACAUUUUGAUGAGUGCAAGCAGCUCGACCAACUUUUCAUCUCUGAGAGCUCUUCUUCUGAGACUGAGACUGAAUUCUCCACAGAGGAGGAGGAUGAUGCUUUUCCCAAAGGUGGAGCUGAGGCGACUAGUUUCAGGAAAUUCAGGUUCCUUGGUUGGUUUUUGGCUCUGGCUUUGGGAUAUAUGUUGGUUUCAGCGACAUUUUCUCCACAAACCGGACUUCUUACAGGAUCGCCUUUCUACGAGUUCCAUAUGCCAAGAGAAAUCACAGAGUUUGCAAAAGCUAACAACUUGGAGAAGUUGAGUGAAAAGCUGUGGACUUUGACAGAAUCAUCACUUGUGUACAUGGAUAAGCUGAUCUCGCGUCUUGGAGGAAGAGAAGAGGAAUAUGGUCCAUUUCAAUUUCAUAACUUGACAUAUACUGUGGAAGAUAAUACUGUUUUCCAGCCAACAAGCAUUGUGAUCAGUGUAGUAGAGUUGGGCCAUCAGGAACCUGAAGAACUAUUACAAGAGAAAAGCCGAGGUGAAAACAAUCUUGAGGAUGACUAUGUCAAUGAAUUUGAGGAGGAGAGUGGAGGAGAGGAAAACUCAGAAGUGGUUUGUGAAACAAAAGAUGGUGAUGCAGAAACUAAUGAAUUUGAUGAUCAGACUGAGAUGAAACCGGAAACUCUUUUAGACGAUGGCGUAAAGCAGAACAUUGAAGAAGAGAGAGAGUGUGAGUUGAAUCCUGAAGAAAACAAUGAUGCGGGAGGUCUUGAAUCUCAGGAAAUGCUUGAAACUGGAUCAUCAAAAAUGGACCAGAAAGAGUUAAAAGAAGCUGAAUCUGAAGCCAGCUACAUAAGCCAGGAUGUUGUUGAAUCCGAUGCUUCCAUCAAUGUGCAACAGCAAAAAGAGAGUGAGGUAGCUGAUGCUGAAACUGAAUCAGAAGAAAUUUUUGAGGAAAUUGCAUCAGAAACUAAUGGUGAUCUUCGUGCUAAAGUAAGCUCUUCUAACAAGGGGAUCAUAGUAUUGUCCUCGACUGUGCUGGUUCUACUCUCAGCGGUUGCUUUCUUAUUCGCUAACAAGGCAAAACCUGUUGUUGCAUCUGCUCCUGGACCAGCCCCUGAGACCACCGAGAAGCUAAACUUGGUAGGUGAUGUGCCAGUAGAGAAUCUGACGAAAGAAAAGCUUUCUUCACUGCAUUUCCAAGAAGAAGAAGUUGAAGACAGACUAAGUAACAGUUUCCAUAAGAAGAGCUCAUCAUCCCAAAGCAAAACUGGAGGAGGCAAGAAGAGGAGAGAAUCCAUGGCUUCCUCAGCAUCAGAAUACUCCUUUUCGUAUGGAAGUUUCACAACUUACGAGAAAAUACCAAUCAAAAGUGUAAGUAAAAUCAAUUAA